UUGCUAGCUUCAAAUAUUAAAUCAUCAAAUGUCAAUUCAAUAAUUUUGUCUAAAGUCUGAAUUAAAAUAGCUUGUAACCAAAACUUAAAUAUUAAAAUAUGCCUACCAAAAAUAUUUCAAUACUGUCAACCAAAACUCUCAGAUCAUAUUCAUCAACUGAUACAACGAGUACUGAAUCUGAUGAUUCCAGUAGUUCAAGUGAUGGCUCUCUUGAAGAUGUUGGAUGCCUAAAUAAAUAUCGUUUACCGAUACUAAUUAUACUGGUCAUACUAUUGUUAAUUGCGUUAGGACUUUUCAUAUAUGCUAUAAUUGGAGGAUUCUAUAUAUAUAACUAUUCAUGGCUUUCAUCAAUGGGGCUUAUAGGAAAAGCACCAGAUUAUUGGAAAAGUUUUUUGAAUAACCGAAUUUAUACUACUUUCAAAAUCUAUCCAUUUAGCAUUAUCAAUAUAAAAGAUGUCCUCAAAGGUAAAAAACCGAAGCUGAAAGAAGGUCCCUUAAUAGUUUACAGUUAACCAACGCAUUUACUUACAAUAUUAGAACAAUUUUAAGUAACAAGUAAAAAAGAGGGCGAUAGCGAUAGCGAAUUCUUCUUAUUCCCUUCUAUUAACCAAAGUUUGACCCAAAAUAAACGUCGAAAAGAACGAGACCACAGAUGUAUAUAGCUCCGUACGUGUAUAUAUACAUCUAUGACCAAGACGAGCAUCGUAAUGCAUUUUCCAUUUCAAGUACACGUGGGGAACCAGGAAAUCGGCUGAAGACCCGUAAAAUAAAUGUAAACUAUGAUAGAGAAGAAGAUACUUUGACGUUUGAGGAAAAAUUCGAAAACAUAUUUCUACAAAGUAUUUCUGACAAUGAUCAAUUUACAAAAAUUUUACCUGUAAAUGUUCCGAUGUGGUUAUUGCUUCACCAUGCCUUGGACUUUUACGGUAAUAAAGCUCCAACAGAAUUAUUUGAGCUGUUAAAAGACCCGGAGGAGGUAUUUGGUAAGGACGCUUCUGUUACUAAACCCUGUACCGUAUAUAACUUAAUGUUUGGCUAUAACUCGUUUUGCGCAUAUAAGGGAAAUGUAAGCGAGAUUUGUAAAAAGUUUCGGAUUUUAGUGGAAAUUUCCAAUAACACCAUGUUUAAAAUUACGAGAUAUAACAGACUUGAGUUUGGCAUGUUAUCAUAUUUGCUUCCUGCAUACCAUGCUGUACCGACAGUACAAUUGGGGUUAAAAAAUAUAGAAAUGGCAGGACACAUAACAAAGCUUGACGGAAAAUCUUUUAUAACUUCUUGGGACAAUGGAAGUAGACAAUCCACCUGCAACAAAAUUCGAGGAAUGGUUCACUAUUUUACUGGUUCAGGCAGGGGUUUAAACGGUUUUCAAGUUUGGGUUAAUGAUAUAUGCAGACCUGUAACUUUUCAAUAUAAACAAAAAACAAGUGAUGAUAUUCAUGCUGAAUUUGAAAUGAGCCAGGACACUCUUAUUAAUAGCAUAGAGCCAAACCAGUGUUAUUGUAGAAAUAAUCCUAGGAAUAUGCAAUAUUGGCGAAACUGUUAUGACGGAGUAAUGGGACUUUAUGAUUGCAUUGGUUCCCCUCUAUUCUUAUCUUACCCUCAUUUGUUAGGUGCGUCUGGUGUGUACACAAGCAGAAUCGAAGGACUAGUUCCCAAUAAAAAAAAACAUACAUCAAGAAUAAUUAUGUAUAAAAAAAAUGGUACAUUCCUUGAAUUUUCAAUUAAGUACCAAUAUAAUGUACCAAUAUUUGCUGUUAAAGAAAUUCCUAUACUGGCCAACGUAAGUUGGGCAUUGGUACCUAUUUUGUGGGUGGAGCAGAGAAUAUUGGUCAAUGAUGAAGAAAUGGAGAGUUUUGUUAAAACAUCCCUGUAUACUCAUGCAUAUAACAAAGAUAUGAUCCCUGUAAAUAAUUUCCGGUUUGGAACAUUGGCAAUAAGCUCAUUAGUCAUUGUUGUCUGUAUAGUAUUGAUUAUAGUUAUACUGUUAAAGCCAAAACCACUACCUCGUGAAUAUAGUUAUGAUUCUGAUAUUUCAGGAAAGUAGCUUACUCAGAAACAAAGACCGUUAACUAGUUUAAACUGUUGAAAUAAAAGAGAGAAGUAUUUUCUAGAAGUAAACAGAUGAAAACAACUUACGUCUCGCUCAAACAUCUUAAAAAAAUUUGAUCCUCUACUUUGCCUACCUCUCAAAGGAAAUAAAUUCCUUGUAUUACUGUUCAGAAAACUCAGAAAAAUAAAACAAGCUUGCGACUA